AUGCUUCUUGAACGCAAGACAAAUAACUUCAUGUCCCUUAAAGUUAAGGGACUAUUGGCACAAAAGCACAAGGAUGGACUUGCAGCUUCCUUGUUGAACAAACAUGUGGAGCACAGGAACCCGUUUGCACUGAGAGCCUGCUGCAAGAGACAGAGCCACUUUGUUUACAUCGGCCAAGACAUCUCUGGUAGUCCUGUGAGUGUGGAUGUGGGGAUGUGCAGGACGCAUUGUGGGGGAGAACAAAGCAGGACAUCACAUGAGGCUGGACUACAGCAGGGCUAUUCCAAACAUUCCUCCAUGUUGGAGUACCUCAGGAGCAAAAAAGUAAAGGUCCGCAAACCUACCACUCCAAUCAGUGCCAAGGGUUCUGGUCAGGUUACGUCCUGCGGGGUGAACCAUAACUGUGAGCCGACCGGGGUGAGGGUGGACCAGAUGUUGCUGUUCAAGGGUCCCCGGGAGGUUGAGGUCAUAGAGGAAUGCCACUGUGAAAACAAACUGACCCAAUGUGUCCGGGUUCCGGCACUCAAAACCUACUUCUUUAAGACCCCAUACGAGACUGUCAUCGAUGUGGGAAGCUGUUCGGGUUCGAAAGGUUCUCCAGAUGGGUUCUCCUGCGUGCCCACUAAAUUUGACUCGGCCUUAGUGGAGACCCCUAACAAGGUAGACCUGGUCCAGACGGUGGAGGUCUGUGAGCUGAGUAAGAGCUGCUAUAGAGUUCCCUACAUGGAGUACUACUAUGAAAUAGUCUAUGAUGCUAACGGAGUCAAAGAGGAGAAACUCAAGGAAAUAGACGUGGGCAGAUGUUUAGGAGGCUGCACCACAGGAAACCGCUGUCUUCUCAGAAGCCACUCUGAUUCCGAAGUGUGCUAUCUGUGGGCAGAGAGACCCACCAACUCUUGUGUCCCUCGGGGCUACGACAGCCACAUGUCCCUCAACCAGCAUGGCCAGAUCCGUACAGUUCUUUCCAUCUCCUCUUGUUUCUGUCAGUCCUGAACCAGUCCUCAGUAUGAUGCCCUCUAGUGGAGCAGAAACACACUGAUAUCCCCUGAGAACAAGAGGCUUCUGCCCUGUCAGGACCAGAAACAACCCUUAUAGUCUCUAACCCUUAGCAAGUAAUGUAGAUCUCAAAUACUUUGAUAGGUAAAAGCAAUGAAUGAUUGUAAUCUCACU